AUGGAUCUCUCCCUAACACUCAACACAUCCAUACUACUCACCCUAGCCACCCUCUCCACCCCUAUCAUCCUUCCUCUCCUCUCUAACAACCUAAAAAACUCCUCAACCACUAUCACAAACACCAUUAAAACUUCCUUCUUCAUCAGCCUGAUUCCUAUAACUAUCUACGCCUACUCAGGUAUAGAAUCUAUUACCUCCCUCUGAGAAUGAAAAUUCAUCAUGAACUUCAAAAUCCCUAUCAGCCUCAAAAUGGACUUCUACUCACUUACAUUCUUCCCAAUCGCCCUAUUCGUCUCUUGAUCUAUCCUCCAAUUCGCCUCCUGAUACAUAGCCUCCGACCCCCAUAUAAUAAAAUUCUUCUCCUUCCUCCUACUUUUUUUAAUCGCCAUACUCAUCCUAAUCAUCGCUAACAAUCUAUUUGUCCUAUUCAUCGGAUGAGAAGGAGUUGGAAUCAUAUCAUUCCUCCUAAUUAGCUGAUGACACGGACGAGCAGAAGCCAAUACAGCCGCCCUCCAGGCUGUACUCUACAACCGCGUCGGAGAUAUUGGCCUAAUCAUCUGCAUAGCAUGACUAGCCUCCUACACAAACACCUGAGAAAUCCAACAAAUCUCCUCCCCCACCCCAACACCUACCCUCCCCCUUCUAGGCCUAAUCCUAGCUGCAACAGGUAAAUCCGCCCAAUUUGGCCUCCAUCCAUGACUACCCGCCGCUAUAGAAGGCCCCACCCCAGUAUCGGCCUUACUGCACUCCAGCACCAUAGUAGUGGCAGGAAUUUUCCUACUAAUCCGCACUCACCCAAUAUUUGACACUAACCCAACCGCUCUAACUCUCUGCCUCUGCCUGGGAGCUCUAUCAACACUCUUUGCAGCCACCUGCGCACUCACCCAAAACGACAUCAAAAAAAUCAUUGCCUUCUCCACAUCAAGCCAACUAGGCUUAAUAAUAGUUACAAUCGGACUCAAUCUUCCCCAACUAGCCUUCUUACACAUUUCAACUCAUGCAUUCUUCAAAGCCAUAUUAUUCCUGUGCUCAGGAUCCAUCAUCCACAGCUUAAAUGGUGAACAGGACAUCCGAAAAAUAGGCGGCCUGCAAAAAAUACUACCCACAACCACUUCAUGCCUUACCAUUGGCAACCUAGCCCUCAUAGGAACCCCAUUCUUAGCAGGAUUCUACUCAAAAGACGCAAUUAUCGAAAACCUCAACACAUCCUACCUAAACACCUGAGCUCUUAUUCUUACCCUCCUAGCUACAUCAUUCACCGCAGUGUACACCCUACGUAUAACUAUCCUCGUCCAAACAGGAUACAUUCGUAUCCCCCCCUUAGCCCCAAUCAACGAAAACAACCCAGCGGUACUCUCCCCAAUUACCCGCCUGGCACUGGGAAGCAUCACAGCUGGAUUCCUCAUCACCUCAUAUAUUCUCCCCACAAAAACCCCCCCAAUAACCAUACCUCUUUACAUCAAAAUCACCGCCCUUAUUGUCACAGCCCUAGGCAUUAUCCUAGCACUAGAACUAUCAAAAAUAGCCCAAACCCUAACCAUGCCCAAACAAAACCAUUUUCUAAACUUUUCCACCUCACUAGGCUACUUCAACCCCCUAACCCACCGUCUAAGCGUUACAAAAACACUAAGCGGGGGCCAAAACAUCGCCUCCCACCUAAUCGAUCUUUCCUGAUUCAAAAUACUAGGGCCAGAAGGACUGGCCACCCUACAACUAAAAGCAUCCAAGGCAGCAACCACCCUUCACACCGGCCUUAUUAAAGCUUACCUUGGAUCAUUCGCUCUAUCCAUCCUCAUCAUCCUCAUAUCCACAUACAUAAACAAUUAA